AUGUACUGCAUACCGAUUGAUCUGAGUAAGCAAGAAAGUUCAGCAGUGAUCAAUCGGAGUGAGUUUAUAACCAUACUAAUGUUCUACAUUCAGCCGGUUUUCGGAAUCACGUGCAGUCGGCUGGUGGCCGGAAAGAUUCAUCAAAUACUGACAACCAUCGAAGCGGUGGAUAAACAAGUAAAGCCGGCAAGAAACAGGCAACUUUUCAUGCUGAAACGGAUCAAAAUCUUACUGGAUAAGCUGAUUGGAACGAUCGAUUUGAUUAAUCAUUGCUUCGCUAUACAGAUUUUAUAUUGCGCUGGAAUGUGCUUCAUCAUCGGUGUCUUCAUCUGUUUUUACCUAUGCCGAUCGUUAAUUCACCAUCAAAACGUCGAUCUCUUUAUGAGCAUAGCGACCCUCUUCUGGUACUUCUACUAUUUAUUCUUCAUUUUGGUGUUCAUCGCCGUCGGGAGCAGAAUCGCUAGCGUGAGCAAACGCAUCGGAGUGCAUGUCCACAAAGCUAUCAACUGCAGCAGGACGUCAACUGUGAUAAGCAACGAGCUGUUGAUAUUCUCUCAACAAUUAUUACACCAUAGCCCGGUAAUUACGUGCGGUUUGUUCGUAUACGACUGGUCUCUGUUUUACACGAUCCUUGGCGCCACAGCAACCUAUCUAAUUAUUCUGAUACAAUUUGAUGUUUCAUUUCCGAGCCUGGAGGAUAUCACUGGCAACGGAUCCAUGGUUAUCCAAAAACGAAGGUAG